CAUCAACAAAAGGAUCGACACAGGCCACAGCUGCAUCGACACCGGCUGAUACCGUCUUAUCUUCACCUACUCCCUCUUCCUCGACACUACAUCCAUUCACACCGUCUCCGGCACCCUCCCCUCCACGUCCGCGAGAUGCCGUUCAAUCUACGCCUAAGGGCUGUGCUGGGCCUUGUACUGGCGCACCGUGCGGCGGCGUGGAUUCCCGCCAUGCCCAUCAACGACACCACCGGGCUCCAGAUCAGCGUAGGGAGCCAGCUGCAACUGAGCUACAACGAUCCACUAGCAACAUACGGCACAACAGUCUCGUAUCAACUCCAGUCGGACGACACAGAGUCGGGCAUCAACACAACGCGAGGAGCGUUGGUACAUUUCACGCCCGAGAUGUACCAGGAGAACGUGACGACAUCUACCCCGUGGAUCGCUCUAAUUUCCUGCGAGAUCUCUCCAGAGCGCAACGCAAGUACACAACAGUUUGCAGACAUCUUCACCCUCGCGCGAGAUAGCGGUGCCGUCUCAGCACUGCUCUACUCCACCAACUCGUCCAUGUGUCUCAUCAACCUCGAGUACAUCGAGGAGUUUUGGCAUGUGCUCGAUAUCUUUGCUACCACCGACAUGGCUGGUGCACGAUUGCUGGAGGGCCAGUUCAGCUACACCACCCCUGAAUUCAUCAACUUUAAUGCUACCUUGCUCAACGAGUCCGCAUCGGACGUGAACGCGACAUUGAACAAGAGGCCGCUCAAGCGCAAAAGCUUCAUCGUGGCCGAGUUGACAGCCAAGAACGGCACCGCGAAACCCACCCAGCCGGAGCGCCCGGCGUCUACCGAGGGUGGUGCGGAGGGCGGCGAUAACAAAAAGAAGAACAACGCAAUGAUCGCGGUGUAUGUCAUCACGGGGUUCAUCGCGGCGAUGGUUCUCAUGACAUGCUUCUCGGUUGUGCGGCGAUCACUCCGUCCACAAACGCAGCGGAGGUACAUCCCAGGAGGGGCGGUCGAAGAGGGAGAUGUGGGCCCUCCCCGUCGUGUGGGCCUCGCACAGGCUAUUGUCGAUACCUUCCCUAUCAUCAAGUUCAACAAGCACCAGUCGGCUCCAGCACCAGAGCAAGCACACGCCAAGGAGAUGGAGCCCUCGCUCAACAGCUUCGCACUGCAGGAGCUGCGGGCUCCGGGAUCAGCAUUUCACCAGACCUCCACAUUGCGCGGUAGCAGCACGAAGGGAAGCAUCGCGACAUACGAGACGCCACCAUUGCUAGAAGAAUCUCCGACGGGGAGCCGGCGAGCGUCCACGCUCGAAGCAGACAACACUACUCUGCGCGACGACCAGUGCCCCAUCUGUCUUCUUGAAUUCGAGGAUGGUGAUGAUCUACGCGUCCUUCCGUGCGCUGGGCAGCACCGCUUCCACCAGGCCUGUGUCGAUCCGUGGCUUCUCCGCGUGAGCACGUCAUGUCCAUUGUGUCGAAAGGACUUCAACCCGGAGCUUGAGGAGCACGCAGAUGCGAGCGAGGACGAGGACGAGCCCCAGCAGCACCGCAUCACCCGGGGAUACCUUGCGCUGAUUCGGCGCGCGCGCAGACGGGAGCACGGCGAGGAGGAUGCGCGGAAUGCUGGCAGAUCGCGACCACGAGAGGCGGACCAGAGCGGCCCGGGAGGAUUUUAGCCAAUUGACUUUGCUACAUGACGUUAAGCAGUGUAGACGGCGACGCCGGCGUCGGCACGAACAGGACAAUUAGCACUACAACUGUAAAUGUAUUCACGACUGUAACGAAGGGGGAGGCGUUACAUCAAUGCUGACAACGGAGGCGUAAUUCUGCUUGCAUUCGAGAUACCAUCAACAUUAACGACUUCUUUACGAUGCUUGUUGUUCUACCUCCUGACGCCUCCGCCUUGCGCC